AUGGAGAUGGAGAGGUACCAUGGAGACAGCUCCACAGGGCCCAACAUCACCAACAGCACAGGAGCCCCAGCCAGCGCUCUCCCAGCGGUGCUGGUUACAGACAGGAUGGUGGUGCUGGUAGUUCUACUGGGGCUCCUCACCCUCCUCACUGCGCUGGUCAACGGUGCCGUCAUCACAGCCAUCUGCACCACCAAGAAGCUCCACCUACCUGCCAACUACCUCAUCUGCUCGCUGGCGUUCACUGACUUUCUGGUGGCUAUCCUGGUCAUGCCAGUCAGCAUCCUCUACAUCACCACGGAGACCUGGUCGUUGGGUCAGGUGGUGUGUGAGGCCUGGCUGAGCGUGGACAUGACCUGCUGCACCUGCUCCAUCCUGCACCUGUGUGUCAUAGCGUUGGACCGGUACUGGGCUAUCACCAAGGCCAUCGAGUACGCCCGCAAGAGGUCGGCCCGCCGGGCAGCUGUCAUGGUGGGCAUCAUCUGGGUCAUCUCAGUCUUCAUAUCUAUACCGCCCCUCUUCUGGAGACACAGGCCCGGUAGCCAUGGCCCAAAACAGUGCAUCAUAGAGCACAACCAUGUGGGCUACACCAUUUACUCCACUUUUGGGGCAUUUUACAUCCCCAUGACCCUUAUUCUCAUAUUGUACUAUAGGAUUUACAAUGCCGCAAAGACACUUUACCAGAAACGGGUCUCGUCCCGGCACCUGAGCAGCCAGAACUCUCUAAACCACUGUCGUGUGGCACACACCUUCUGCGUAUCGGAUCUGUCCAACUCAGACCCCACUCUGGAGUUUGACAGGCUCAAUGUCACCAUCCGUAUCCCCUCAUUUGAGACAGAGAUGGAGGCGGCAGAUGAGAGGCACCAGAUCUGUACCUCCCGGGAGAGGAAGGCAGCACGUAUCCUGGGCCUCAUCCUUGGCGCUUUUAUCCUCUGCUGGAUGCCUUUCUUUCUGAAGGAGCUUCUUGUAGGCUUACAGGUCAUGACUGCCUCCCCACAUGUAUCUGACUUCUUAACCUGGCUGGGCUACAUCAACUCACUCAUUAACCCUCUCCUUUACACCAGCUUUAAUGAGGAUUUUAAGUUGGCCUUUAAGAAACUGCUCAGACGAAAGGAGCAUGCAUAG